GGAGAAGCCUGGACAGCCUCGCUCCCCCGCAGCCAGGUGCUACGGUCGGGAGUAAAGUGAGAGUCCGGCCGUCUUCGAGCGCCUGGGCCACGGCGGCGGCCCUGGGAGCAGAGGUGGAGCAACCCCAUUACUCUAAAGAUGAAAGGCUGGGGUUGGCUGGCCCUGCUUCUGGGGGUCCUGCUGGGAACUGCCUGGGCUCGGAGGAGCCAGGAUCUACAUUGUGGAGCUUGCAGGGCUCUGGUGGAUGAACUAGAGUGGGAAAUCGCCCAGGUGGAUCCCAAGAAGACCAUUCAGAUGGGCUCUUUCCGAAUCAAUCCAGAUGGCAGCCAGUCAGUGGUGGAGGUGCCUUAUGCUCGCUCAGAGGCCCACCUCACAGAGCUGCUAGAGGAGGUAUGUGACCGGAUGAAGGAGUAUGGGGAACAAAUUGACCCUUCCACCCACCGCAAGAACUACGUACGUGUAGUGGGCCGGAAUGGAGAAUCCAAUGAACUGGACCUACAGGGCAUCCGAAUUGAUUCAGACAUCAGUGGCACUCUCAAGUUUGCGUGUGAGAGCAUUGUGGAGGAAUAUGAGGAUGAACUCAUUGAAUUCUUUUCCCGAGAGGCUGACAAUGUUAAAGACAAACUUUGUAGUAAGCGAACAGAUCUAUGUGACCAUGCCCUGCACAUAUCGCAUGAUGAGCUAUGAACCACUGGAGCGGCCCAGACUGACAGGCUUGAUGGAUCACCCCCAGGAGGGGAAGAGGGUGGCAAUGCCUUUUAUAUUAUGUUUUUAUUGAAAUGAACUGAAAAAUUGUGAAACCAAAAGUA